AUGGCAGCCAAUAGGUUCCUUGUUUUUUGCGCUUCGGCUCUUUUUGUUCAGUCAGUCUCAUCCCAAUGCAGCGGUGCCGAUUAUAAUAACAUCGGUUGGUCUGGUCCGCCCCAUGGUGUUGGAAGCUGCGGACGAAGCUCUGCAUCAUUCACUCCCAUUUCACUACCAACCAGUGGAGGAGGUUUAGCAGUGAUCAGCUCCUCCCCUAUCGUACCAAAUGGUCUUCAAGUCUUUUCUGAAAACUCUAUUAAUGGAGAUAUAGCCGUAACAGGUCAACUCCCAGUCCUCGCUGCAGUUGCUGUGGAAGGUUCUGUACCAACCACGGGUUCUGCUGCAACUACCUACAGCUGUGGUAAUGGCAAUGUUGGUAUUAUAAGUGAAGGUGGAGUUCCUUACGGAGUCGGUCAAGCUGGAUUACCUGGUGCUGGUUUUGCAGCUGGUCCAUUUUUAGAAACUGGCGCAGCUUUUGUCCCUGUUUCUAAAGGUGAAAUGGGUAUUGGUACAGGAUGCAAUGAUAUUUAUUGGUAAUUUUAAGUGUUAUGACAAUUUAGUUUUAUAAUAAAGUUAACACAUAAUUUAUAUUGAUGAUGUUUUAUGCCAUAAUAUUAGUUCGGAAAAGGGUGCAUCAUUUGUAAUGAUUAUAUAAAUUCGGUCUG